AUGCAAGUGUUUAUAAGAUCAGCCGAACAGAAUUGGAACUUUGGUGGUAAGAGUGAUGAAUUAUGGAAUGGUUGGUGUCAUGUUGAAUCAAAAGAUAAUUUUUGGGGAUGUGGCAAUAAUAUUGGACUCACUUUACAAAAAGGUGAUAACACAUGUACAUAUCGUGCUUCAUAUUACAAUCCGACCUUUUAUUUGGUAAAAAUAAAUGACAAAUCAGCAAGUGGAACAUUUACGUAUGAUCGAAGCAAACCUAAAGUCGAAGUCUAUAAUGCUUUUACCGAAUUCAUUGAAAGUCAAAUCGGUGUCAAGGAUGCGUAA